AUGUCGUCCAAUGCCCAGAAUGUGGGCAUCAAGGCCAUGGAGAUUUACUUCCCUAGUCGGUAUGUGCCACAAAGCGAGCUCGAGACCUACCUGGGGGCCAGUGCUGGGAAAUUCACAAUUGGUCUGGGUCAGCAGAAGAUGAGCUUCUGUGAUGACCGUGAAGAUCUCUAUUCCAUGGCGCUCACAACAGUCUCGUCUCUGCUGGAAAAGUACCAGAUUGACCCAAAGACCAUCGGCCGCUUGGAAGUGGGCACGGAAACAUUGCUCGACAAAUCCAAGUCUUGCAAGUCGGUCCUCAUGCAACUUUUCGCAGAAAACUCAGACAUCGAGGGAAUCGACACUUACAACGCCUGCUAUGGCGGUACCAGUGCCUUGAUAAAUGCAAUUAACUGGAUCGAGUCGUCCACGUGGGAUGGUCGCGACGCCAUUGUCGUGGCGGGCGACAUCGCUCUGUAUGACACGCCCGCCGCGCGACCAACCGGCGGUGCCGGCUGCGUAGCUAUGCUGAUUGGCGCCGAUGCACCCCUGGUAAUGGAGCCCGUCCGUGGAUCGCACAUGAAACACGUAUACGACUUCUACAAGGGAAACUUCAAAUCGGAGUAUCCCAUGGUCGAUGGACACUUUUCCAAUAAAUGCUAUCUUGAGGCAUUGGAUAAUUGCUACGAACGAUAUCGUACUAAAUCUUUGGCUAAGAAUGGCGGGUUGAUGAACGGAGAUGCGAAGACCCAGGGUAGUCUCUUGGAUACCUUUGAGUAUUUCGUCUUCCACGCGCCUCACUGCAAGCUCGUCUCGAAGGCCUAUGGUCGUUUGUUGUUCAAUGAUCUCCGGACGGAGCCCGACCGCUUUGAUGAUAUCCCAGCAGCGGUCCGGGAUGCUGAGCAGACUGCGUCUUUGACAGACAAAGAAGUUGAGAAGACUUGCAUUGGGUUGACCAAGGAUAAGUUCUCCGAGCGUGUCAAACCAUCCAUUACUGCACCCUCGCAAUGUGGGAAUAUGUAUAACGGCAGUCUCUAUUCUGGGCUAGUGAGCUUACUGAGCAAUGUUUCCAGUGAGGAACUGCAGAACAAGCGCAUCGGCAUGUUUAGCUAUGGCGGUGGUCUGGCUAGCACUCUAUUUAGCCUUCGUGUCAUGGGUGAUACUUCUGGGAUCGCACGUCAGGUCCGGUUGAAUGAGCGACUGGAAGCCCGCAUGGCGGUCUCGCCCGAGUUUUAUGAUGAGAUGUGCAAACUUCGGGAGAAAGCCUACCAGCAGGAGAACUAUACCCCUGUGGGAAGCAUUGAUAGCCUAGCUCCUGGUACUUACUACCUUGUCCACGUUGAUGAGAUGUUUCGACGAAGUUAUGAGAAAAAGCCCGUUGUAUGA